ACAUCCCGUCAUUCGAUCGAUUCCGGACUUUCAUAUAAAGCUGACCGGAGUAUUACCACUUUAUGCUUAGACGACUUCAACAACUUCUUCCCUUUGUAUCACUUUCUCCACCCGUUUUUCAGAAUACCCAUCGAGGACUAUCUUUCACAAUGUCAGGUGCCAAGCCCGAGAUUGCCACCUUUGCCUCUGGCUGCUUCUGGGGAGUCGAGCAUGUUUUCUUGAAGUACCAUCCCAUUGAGGAGAACAAGGGCAUCUUGAAGACGACUGUAGGCUACACCGGAGGGAAGGAGUCAUCAGUAAAUCCUGACUACCGUACUGUCUGCACGGGUACUACGGAUCACGCUGAGGCUGUUAAGAUCGAAUUUGACCCGAGUAUUAUCAAGUAUGAUGAGCUUGUUGAGUUUUUCUACCGCACGCAUGAUCCGACUACUCUAAACAAACAAGGGAAAGACACUGGAACCCAGUACCGCUCUGCCAUUUUCUACCACUCGCCUGAACAACGUGAAAUUGCUCAACGCGUAACGGAGGAGGUGCAGAAGAAACAUUUUGACCCACAGGGCAAGAAGAUCGUGACCCAGAUUGUAGAGGCCGGUCCUUGGUGGGACGCCGAAGAUUACCAUCAAAAAUACCUAUACAAGAAUCCGGACGGAUACCAGUGCCCAUUGCAUAGACUGCACUGGUGAUCUCUCAUACAUUCGCACAUUUCUUUCUGCGGGGUUGCAUUGUGAGGCUGUUGUAACGAUGUGUACUUGUAUGGUUUUCUCCUGCAAUUCGUGUUCUCUUGGAAUUAUCUUAUGACUGCGCAACGCCUCCCUCGGGGAUCUUGCGACUAUCGGACUUAAAGAUCACGAUGUUGGUCUCAGAAGGCACUGUGAUUAUAGUCUCUACUAUCGACCAAGUUGUUGAUUGCAGGCGGAUCAGUCUCCGAUCGGGGACUGAAAUGACUAUGAUAAAACCUUAGCGUAACGAAAGAGGAUGACAUGCGGAAACUAGACUACAUCUUCUGCUUCUCCGUUUCGAUUGUUUCAAUUGUUUCUAUUUCAGCAGGGUUAGUAACAUCGAUACCCAUGCUUUCUGCUAUAGAGAUGUUAAGGCCGCUAUCGCAGUAAUGACGGUAAUGAACAACGUACCAG